UCCCUCCCGCCUCUCACCCAACCACCGUCGCCUCCCUCCCUCCCUGGGCUGCUCCUCCUCCUCCUCUCUCCCCUCCCUCCCCUCCUCCUCCUCUUCCCUCCCUUCUCCUCCCCAACCCGGGCCCGGCGACGAGGGGCAAUGGUGCUGCUGUCUUGCGAGCUUCGCAGAGACGACAGCCGCACCAUGGACGCGCGUCCCCGCCAGCACGCGGUGUUCGAAGCGGGCGGCUUCACGUGGUCCAAGUAUAACGUGAGUUAGCCGGGACACGGGGAGGGUGGGGAAGAGGUGGGGUGAGGAAGCGGCGAGGCAGUGGUGGUGUAGAGGUGAGGAGGACUUGGUGAAGGGGAGGAGGAGACGUACUUGGAGUGGUGGUGGAGGAGGAGGAAGAGGAGGAGGAAGACGAGAAAGAGGACAACACGGGGCAGGCAAAGACGACGACUGGACGGUGGUGAUGGGGGAGGAGGUGACGGCGAGGAGGAUGGAGGAGGUGGAAGAUGAGAUGAUGGUGGCUGGUGGAGGUGGCCGCUCCGUUCCGGAGCUGAUGGGGAGGAGGAGGAGGAGGCCCUGUUCAGCUUCUGCUGUCACUGCUGUGCUGUGCUUUUGGUUUGCUGUUGGUGCUGUUGCUGCCCAGAAUCCCAACUAUGCCUCCAACUCAAGCCAACUACACCUUUUGCCCAAGAGCUAUGCAGAACUGGACAAUGGAAAUGCUUCCCAGCUCCGUGACUACUCUGGCCAUCAGCAAGGCGUUGAGCACGCAGAACCAUCUGAAGGACACAACCUUACGGCCGAACAAGCUGGAGAAGCGGGUCCUUCCGUCGCUUCCACUUUAGGCCCCACUCCUAAUCAAGACUACGAACAGCCAAAGUGGCUGCCAAGUCACGCCGAUCCACGCCGAGAGCUACGUGAGAAGCCUGUUCACGGUCGCACCGGAAGAUCCACGGAAGCCGGCGAAAGCGGCCAGUCGAAUGUUCUGCUCUCAGGGAUAUCCCAGCACCGCCGACUGGACUUUAAGGAAGCGAUAGGUGGAAGUGGAAGAAACGGUGAGGACAUCGGGCACCUACGUGGAAGGAGGACCAGGAGCGCCAGGGAGACGGACACGUUUACAGAAUUGCAAACAAAACUACCAAAGAAUGUGAGAAACCAUGACGUCGAUGGCCUGUCCGAACAAGAGCACAGGCUUAGAAGCUACCAUCGGCAUCAUCCAUGGAUUGGAACGCCCUAUGAUGGUGUCUCAGGACCCAGGGAAUCCAGGGAAGGCCACUGGAGAGAUUCACCAGGCGAACAGAGAGUCGGCACCACCAAGAAAAUCAGACACAGGCGGAAGAAACCAAGCGUGCAACAGAAACGCAGACCCAGCAUCAGCACCAUCCUAAUCAAGGACAGCAGCUCCCCAGAAGACAUGCACGUCGCGGACUCCAAGCCACGAACACCUGUUGGCCACAGCUCUCGACACAUCCCGCUGCGACGUGAAAGGAAUCCCAGGUUGGAAGAAAAUGCAGAGCAUCUGCUGGCUGAAUUGGUUGAGACUCAUCGAGGAAGGUCGGAACCACGGUUAGGUCAUCAGAAGAUGUCAGCUGGAGUGGCCGGACUAAAGCAAUCAACAUCCCAGCAGGGCCAACUCGACACAAGCAGAAGGCAACACCACGAUGAGAAGACAAUUGAGCAGGUUGGGUCCCCAGCAGAAGGUGAAGAUGCACUGGACAGUAUGUCGAGGGAGACACUGGCAGUCGAUUUGCCAGCCGGGCAUGAAAUGUACUCAAACCCACCAAGAUUCGCGCCUAUUUAUAGAACUUCCGACAACUCAGCAGCACCAACAAAUGAAGACAACCAUGGCUUGGAUGUGGAAAUGGCAAGCGCGGUGUCGGCGGCGCCUGGCACUAGCAACAGCAGCAGCAGCAGCAACAACAACGAGAGCGCCGGUGAAGAGAGCCGGUCCCACUACUGGCGCGUGGACCCGCAGUCCGGGGUGGAGGUGCUGUGCGACAAGUGCCCAGCUGGCACGCGCGUGCUUUCGCACUGCACGGCGAACGAGCUGCGUGUGUGCGUGGCCUGCAAGUCCGGCACCUUCUUGGGGCACGAGAACGCGGCGAACGGCUGCCGGCGCUGCGGGCCGCCCUGCGGCGAGUCCGAUGGCGUGGAGCGGGCGCCGUGCACGCAGCGGCACGACCGCGUGUGCGCGUGCCCGGCAGGGUGGUACGCGCGCGACGGCGGCGACGGCGUCGGCGAAGGCGGCGAAGGUGGCGACGGUGGCGAUGCGCUGCCCGGGGGGCGCUUGCGCUGCGCUCCGCACACCAAGUGCCCGCCCGGAUGGGGCGUCCGACGCAGGGGCACGGAGACUCGAGACGUCAGAUGCAAGCAGUGUUCCCGCGGCACCUUCUCCUCCGAGGAGUCGUCGACCACCCGCUGUCGGCCCCACACGGAUUGCGCGCUGCUGGAUCUCCACAUCGCCUCCCCGGGUGACGGACGCCAGGACAACGUGUGCGGCGGCAGCGGGGGCUCGGCAGGAGAAGAUGGUGGAGUGGUGGACGCUCGGGCAGAGCCGAGCAGCGUCCCCACGCCAGCCAGUGCCGCCCUGCCUGGUGGGGCAGAGGAGGAGGGUGGGGUAGAGCUGGUGGCUCCAGCCACACCACGUUCUAGCGGUGAGCAUCACCUGGACCCACUUCCUCUGCCCAGUGGUGCUGACAGCAGCUAUGCACCUUCACCCUCAGGGCUCCAACCACAGCCAGGAGAUCCUCAUCAGCAGGGCCUGGUUACAUCACCACUCACUCUGGAGAGCCGAGGUAGUGCCAUUUGGCAAACCAAUCCCGAAUCUGAUGUCGCUACCACUGCGUUCAGCUCCGACAUCCCAAUCACACCAGUGGGCGACAGCGCGCACACCUUCAGCGCUCAAAGCGAGAGUGGCAGAAACAUGACCAAAUUGCCAAAGCGCGCAGUGCCAGCUAUAUCCGGAGACAGCACCUCCGGUGAAGCCCCCACGAUGCAAGCGCGGCCCUCCCUCGACGAUGUCGACCGACGCGACAAGGCAUCGCCACCGUCAAGGGAGCCACCCCGUCGCUGGCCAUCCCUCUCUGGCUCAUCGGCGGCAAACAUUCCGCCUGGGUUCAGCAGGAUUCCUUCCCGCUCGUCAUCAGGCCGUGCUCUGGCCAAGCCUCCACAGCCUCCGCCAGCGCCCUUUGACAUCAACGAGCACGUGGCCUGGCUGGUGGUGGUUUUCAUCCUGCUGCUGCUCGUGGUGGCAGUGGCGUGCAGCGUGUACCGCAGCUCGCGAGCACUACGCAAGGGGCCUGGAGAGCCGCCCGAGACCAUCCGCCAACGAGCCGUGCCGCCCCAGAUGCAGCAGCAGCAACAGCAGCAGCAGCAGCAUCAGCAGCUGCCCCAUCACCACCACCAUCACCACCACCUCCACCAGCAGCAGCAUAGUCAGAGGGCGAGAGGGCAGUCCCGCACGCAGCUCAACCUGCAGAUCGCUGAACCGGCGAACAAGUGGGUCUUCAGCUACCAGGGCCAACGCGUGGACAUCCUGCUUCUCGUCGCCGGCCACAUCGGCUGCCAGUGGAAGGAGCUGUACCGCGCGCUACUCGCCUCGGCCGCCUCCUCGUCCUCCUCCGCGGCGGCAACGACGGCGGCGGCGGCGGCGGCGGCGGCGGCGGCGGCCGAGGACCCGACGGCAAUGGUGGACGAGUCGGCGCACGCCUCCUACCAAGAGGCGGCGUACGCCGUGCUGCUCGGGUGGACGGUGCUGGACGCCGAGGCCAACCUGGCGCGCCUCAUCGGGGCCCUGCGCACGUGUGGCUGGAACAGCCUCGUAGAGCGCAUCCGCGCCAUCAUGGAGGACUCCGCGCUGACGGAACGGGACGAGGUGGGUCCUCUGCCGGUGGUGCUUUGCGCCGGGCGGGGUACGCGAGGGUCCCUGGCGCCGGGGUCUGACGCGGGGACGCUGUCGGGGGCCGGGGUCGGGGCCGGUGGCGAGGGGCGGCUGGGCCUCCACACGCCCGUCGGUGGGGCCUGCAAGCCGGGCCGCACCGCCCCCUUCCAGGACGAGUCGGAGCCGCUGCUGCGCUGCGACUCCACCUCGUCCGGCUCGUCCACCGGCUCCGCCAAGGCCUGGUCCUUCAUCGCCAAGGAGAAACGAGACACCAUCCUACGGCAGGUGCUGGCCGACUCGCUGCAGCUGCAGCCCAUCUUCGACGACGUCUUCUCGCUGCUCUCGGUGGAGGAGCUGCGCGCCGUGGAGGCGUGCGGCCAGCCCGACGAGAAGCUGGAGCGCAUCUUCGACAUCCUCGGCUGCAAGAGCCGCGAGGCGAGCCAGCGCCUGCUCGACUCGCUCUACGAGCACCUGCCCGAGCUACUGUGAGGCGCCGUUUGGCAGGAGACCGCCGGCGCCGGAGUGGUCGCCCUCUUACUUGGGUCGUGGACCGAGCCGCUGUAAAACUCGCGCACGUGCGCACAGCCCUGAGCUCUCUACCUUGCGUCAUCUCCGCAACGCAAACGCCCAGUUAUUUUUGCGGGCAGAAGAAGAUGUUGCGGAUUCACCGGGGUUUGCGCCGGGUUUCAGAACGCAUCCGCGAGUUAACUUUUGCCCCACCUCCGCAACAACCCUCGACGCUUGGCCGGCGGAGACCAGUCGGCUACAGCCUGAAACCAGCUGCCGUGCUCGCACACGCACACACACGCGCGUAUACACGCACACGCGUUUACCCGUGAGCGAGCGUCUGUGCGCGCAUCACGUGACUCCCUCACAAACACGGUCAGUCUGAACGCCCCGACCGGGCGGUCAUGCCUGGUGUCGCAUAUUUCUCGUCGUGGGACACCUUGCACGUGUAACGACAGGUGAACAAACGCCUGGAAACAGGCGCCAACGGAAUUAUUGCGCCCAACCAAUAGGCGUGGAGCUGCCACAACAAAGCUUUCUUCCCUAGAUGCACCGAGCGGGCAAGUUGUUGUUUUAUCGUACACGUAAUGUUCGUCUGCGUAAGCAGUUUCUGACUAAUAUUCGGUGAACCCAAAUGCAUGACAAGUAAUUGUCCGAAAGGGUAACGAGUCGAGUAACACCGCCAGCUCGUUAACUCCCUGCACGUGCAUGCGUGUUCUAAUUCAAAUAUUUACACUUCAAGCACUUGCUUGACUGGCAUUCACAAGGCGGUAUAAGCAAAGACAAGUUUAUUCGUAGGGAGGCUAAUCGUGUUUACUAUUUGAUAGCGUUUUCUUGUUUAGCACAUCAACCCUUUAAGAGCGACAACGUCUCUUGAUCAUUUGUCGAGUGGUUUCCCCUGCACGGCACUUACUUUACACGUUGCCCCGAGUAAGUCCCUGAGCAUCUUCUUCUCCUUGCCAGUUUCCCAUUUUAGUUCCUUUUUUCAUGGAAACAAUGCCGCAACGCAUCGAUGUGGUUUUACUAUUCUGUGGUUGUCGUCAAUGUGCGUGCCAAGUCGGUAGCGUGAUCGUUUAUAAGGUUUUUUUUUUGUUGGCAACCCCCCCCCCCCCCCAAAGGAGUGCGCACGAUUGUCACGUGCAAGUGGGCAUCAGUCAUUUUGUUUUCCAAUUUGAAUUAUGUUUCACUGCACUACUUAAUGGUACUGUGUUUUGUCGCCAAGUGUAAUGUAUUUAUGUAUGUUACUAAGUACUGUGUGUGUUUCAUGCGUUCAUAGAUUAUUAGUACUUUAGCGGCCAUACAAACAUCGGUUAAAGACAUGAAGGGAUUUUUUUUUUCCUCGGUGGAAGGAUACGGUUUCCCAUGCCCUCUUUGUAAUGUAAAACUGUAUAUACGUAAACAUUCACGUGUGUAAUGGGUGUGUUAUGUUUCCAUAUUUACCUGCAUGUGUCUUUCCAUGUGUACACAGCAUAUACAUGUGUGUGUGUGUCUCUACCCAUGUCAUCACAUUAUUACUCCAGAGAAAAUGCUCAAAUCACUUCACUCGGUGACGCGCAAACAAUAUAUGGCUUUAUCUAAAACCCAACCUGGCAAAUUUCUGAUAACGUUACAGAGUUGUAUUUUAAAAAAAAAGACUUGUCUACUUUUGUAGAGGUGGUGAUACCUACAAGAAAACCUAAAUUGACUUUUAAACAUAGAUUCGUUUGUGGAAAGUGUAAGUAAAUUAAGUUAGAGCAGCACUUACGACGGACAACAAUUACUUGCAAGUUAUUAUUCUGGCAAAGCUUCACGCUCACAGAACUAGCGCACGAUUGUUAAACAAACGAGGCCCCUGUGUAUUUCAGCCAAUGUUAAUAUUGAUGUUAGAAACUUGUGCUCAGAGCUUUUGGGAGUUGCUUUCUCUGUUGUACUGGAAUAUCUGCAGUCAAUGCAAUUGAGAACGAGAGUGGCAUAAGCAUGGCAUUGACAAAAGCUAACUGGCGUUGAUAUAACGUCCCGAUUGAGCCAGUUUGUGCUUUAGCCAUCGUAUUUCUGUGCUCCGUCUGCUGGACAUUAAUUUGGUUGCUGAUGAAACAUUAAUUGGAAACGUUUAACGCAGCUUCGGCAUCCCACAACUGCGCUGUUUUGACGAGCUGCAACGGAAGCUUUUGAGCAAGAGCCGCCUGUGAUCGUCUGCUUCAUAACGGCUGGACAAGCACUCGCCUUAAAUUACAUAAAUCGAGACUGAUGCACCGCAGUGGCACCAACAACCGGGGACCAAGGCAUUCUCCUGUAGAAGAUGGCGAAGAUGCUUUCCGAACCUUCCCGUGUGACUUUGGCAAGUGAACGGGCAUUUCGCGUGGACCUUUCGUAGUGAAAUUUACCGCUGGCUUGAGAAGACGACGUCCGUCACGGCAGGCCUGCAUAUAUCCGCAAGGACAAGCGACGUGAGCGCACACUCGCACGCCCAAAAGCAUAUCGCGUCCCGUCUCGAGCAGAACCCGUCCAUUGCUCUGGGAGUAACAACGCGAGAGGCCUUUAUUUCGCACAGGGUAUGCGUCUUAGCCACCGAGCGAGAUCGGAAAAUGUGUCGCUGAUGAUUUCAAAAAAACGUAACUGUUGCGGAUUAAGUAUAUAUUGGUAUAUCAACCACAAGCACAGCUUGUAUUGCUGAGUAGUGUGGAUAAACCUCCCCCUGCCCAUGCAUGCAAGUAUUCCGUCGGUGAGUGCUGUUGUGCUGACGUGGUGUAUGUUGUGUAGACAAAAUGCACUGUGCGCGCGCGCGUGUGUUUGUAAACGGUUAGACUACAAAUUAUCCUGUGUGUUCUUGCCGGAUGGUGUUGCUGUAGUUGGGAUAUUUUAAAGCUUUCGGCUCAAAGCCUUAUUUAACGAUUGCCUCUUAAACAAGUGCUUCUGGAUAUCUUGGCUAUGAGGCACGCACACGUGUUUGUUUAUUUUUUAAUUUGUAACGUGGAAGUUUCGCCACUGAGCGAUUGGUAUUCGCCACCGAUUUCAGUGGCUCUGAAGGGAACAAGUGCAGUUCACUUUGGAGUGGAGUGUGUAUACGUAAACAUGUGGGAGAUACUCUUUUGACACAUUUACACUAUACUCUUGAACACCAACCACCACUUGAUAGUUAAUGCUCUAUUUAAAUUAUUACUAAACGCACUUAUGAACACCUUUUGGCUGUGCAGGCCAUUGCCAUCGGAAACGUGGCAUUUCAGUACGUUUGUGUAAAAGCGUUUGCCGCGCGUUAAUUCUGGUAGUUACUCCUUCAAAUGCUGUACUAUUUUUUAACAAAAGUGAUGUGCGGCAGAUUUGCAGGGCGAGUGAUUCCUUUAAUGGCUCCAUGCCAACGGUGCAAUGAUUGUUUAAUGUAGGUGUAAUCUUUCAGGUGCUUCUGUUUUUAUUUCGUAUGCUGAUGUUUUGGCACACCUUUAUUGAAUUACCACGUUUGUCCGGUUUGCUGUUUUUGGUAAUUUUUUUUCCUUAUUUGUCAUACGUUUAGAUUUUUUUGUAUGUGUGUGUGUGUGUUUUGGUGACAUGCGAUCCAUUCCUGGCAGUCUUGCAGGAAAGGCCCUUCGGAGAUUGUAACGGACAUCGCCCCGCUCAUUUAGUUCACCUUACCUGUUUAGCCAUGGGUUUGUUUGCUUGAUACACAAUUAAAUGUUCAACAUUUAAAACUC